GCCCGGGCGGGGACCCGAGUCGUACUUUUGGGUUGAAAAGCUUGGCUUGGUUCAUUUUACAUACAAAAUAACCGAAAUGGAAGCAUAUCCAAACGCGGCUUCCAUGCUGAGAAGCAGAACCAUAAUACCUCCUCUUCCACCAUUACUCGCCCUCAGUGCAAGGCUUCCAUCACCGUCACAGUCACCGUUACUGUCACCCUCCGUUACCCCCUCGGAAGCCACACUAUCGUGUUCUGGAACCCCGAAACCCUCGUUCCACAGUUUUUCUCUCUUCUCCAAUUCUCACACUCUUCAAACCAUGACGCUCUCCAAGUGCUUCUCUCACAUUGGGCCCACCGUCCCCAUUCCGGACCCACCCGGAUCCGAACCCGAACCCGAUUCCCCUCUCGUGGUGGUUUCCUUCUACAAAUUCGCGGAUUUUCCCGAUCAUGCUCUCAUGCGAAGCCCCUUGAAGCAACUCUGUCAACGCCUGCGUGUUUCAGGUGGAAUUAUUCUUGCGCCUGAAGGGAUCAAUGGCAGCAUCUGUGGAACUCGGGAGUCAGUUGAGGCUGUUCUGGCAUUUGCCCAAGGUGAUGAUCGAUUGAAGGGACUAAGGCGAGUGGAAUCACCUGUUGGUCCUGAGGAGGAGGCCAUCCAUCAUGGCCAUAGUGCUGCUUCUCCUCUUGCUGCUGGGGAAGAUGCGCCCUUCCGAUGGGAUCAUGUGAGGGUCAAGUUGAAGAAAGAGAUUGUUACUCUUGGGAUGCCUACUGUGUCACCUAUUGAAAGAGUUGGAAAAUAUGUUGGCCCAGAAGAUUGGAAUGCUUUGAUCAAUGAUCCAGAUACAGUGGUUAUUGAUGUGCGGAAUAACUAUGAAACCAGAAUCGGAAAGUUUAAAGGAGCAGUUGAUCCAUGUACUACAUCAUUUCGUGAAUUCCCGUCUUGGGUAGAGGAGCGUUUCCAGCUUAGCGAAACAGACGAUGGUAAGAAUCCAAAAGUUGAGGUAAACAAUUCAGUCCAACCUGCUGAAAAAGAAAUGGAGAAUCAAAAACAACAUAUGCCACGCGUUGCAAUGUAUUGCACUGGAGGUAUUCGUUGUGAGAAAGCUACAAGUCUACUUCUCAGCAAAGGUUUCAAAGAGGUUUAUCACCUGGAAGGUGGAAUUUUAAAAUAUCUUGAAGAGGUUCCAGAAACAGAAAGCCUCUGGGAAGGGGAAUGCUUUGUUUUCGACAAACGAGUCUCUGUGGAGCAUGGCUUGGUGCCAGGAAAUUUCAAACUCUGCUAUGGCUGUAAACAGCCUGUGAGUGAUGCUGACAUGGAGGCCCCAGAAUUUGAAUAUGGAGUUUCCUGUCCUCACUGUUUUGCACUGAAAUCUGAUGAAGAGAAGGAGAGAGCUCGAGCUCGACAAAGACAAUUUGAGAGAUGGGGAAUCAUAGGUGGUCCAGACAAGGGUCGCCGCCCAACUACUCAAGAACCGGAAAGUCUUAGCAGGAAUCCAAACCAGCUUUCACGUUCUAUUUAACUACUCGGUCGGACCAGGAAAGAUGAGAUCGCUUCUUUCCCAUCCAUUUUGAACGAUUGUUUGUCCUACUCUUCUGCCCCUUGAAUUUAUUUGGAGUGCAUGAAACUAUAGAUGUAUCAACUCUUAAAUAUGAUUCCUUCCAUACAAAUCAUUUGGUGUCUGUCUUGUCUCUAGAGAAAGGACGCCCCUUUCUUGACAUUCGAUGUGUGUGUAUUGUUGUAACAUAGCAAGGCUAGAAAAUUUUGUUCUUUGCAAUCUUUACUCUGUUACUUAGUAAAAUGUUGUGAAACCACUAAUUUUAUAUACCAAUUCACUUUCCUAUAAAAAUUUUGCACUAGGUAAUAUAACUUAAUUUUGAUAUAUAAUCGACGUAACGGAUUACUUGACAAUUUCUACAUACUAAGUAGUGUAUUCAAAUUAAACUGUCAAUGUUCUCAGGUUUCGGUUUCAGUUUCAUUUCACUUGAAUGUAGGCUGGUAUCUCAACAUUGAAUGAGCAAAUAAAGACACAACAUAUGAUGAAGAUAAAGAGAAGGUCUGAGUCCUAUGAAAUUCAUUUGUGUAUCUAAUCAACCAAAUUCUUCGAUACAAUACGAUGGGACACUAGUUUAUUUCAAAUACAAGUAUGGAGUCAAAAUGAUAACAAAGCUACUUCCUGUUAUUAAGAAGACUCUUGUGGGAAACCAUCACUGUUAUGUUUUUUGAGAGCUUGGAAUACUUGAGAGCUUCUAUCAAAUAUCUUAGCCCUUCUGUUGUAAUCAGUAGGAUCUUUUCCCACAUCUUCACCCAUUAUAGCUUCCCUUUCUAAACACUCCAACAGCUCCGCAAUCCCCUCUCCUUCUCCACAGUUAUGUCUAAACCUUGUCAUUCCAUUCCUACCCUUGUCAUCAUCUUCAUGCGGUUUCAUCUCAUCUUCCGCUUCUCUCUGCAAACCCCAUUUUGCACACCCUACUACAAACCCAUUAUCCCCAUUAUUAUUCUCUUUCCGUUGCACCACAAAAGAAGCAUGGCUCUGAGAAGAAGUGCUGACCUUGAAGCUCAAAUCUCUGGCCAUGGUAACUGAUGACGGUGUCACUUUAUUUGAAGAGACAAGGGUUUGACAUGGAAUAGCAGGGUUAUAGGAGUUACUGAUAGAAAGAGAAGAGAUCUUGAGGGAAUCAGCAACAUACAAAGACCCUAUCAUGCCAAACUUUGGAUGGAUUAUGUAU